UAAAAGGGCUGACACACAAUCAGAGUGUUUUUGUGAUGUCCUGAAAGCGCUGAGACCGGGGCAGAAUGGGCCGGCUCGGAACACUGCUGAUCACAAACAGGCGGGUGAGAAAGGGGCGCGGCGAAUAAAAGGGCGAUUGUUGGCGCGGCGGUGAGGGGGCAGGGGCACGGCCCGGGUUUCUGAGCUCCCUUUCAACCCCACAAUCGACAAACGCGAGAGGCUGCGCGUCAGGCUGCUGUAUCAGCUGCGCGGCUCCUCAAGACUUCCCAGGAGCCCGUUCACCACCGGAACCUCGGGGUCCCGAGGGGAAACGCAGAUCAUAGCCGUUCCCGACGGCCCGCCUGGCUACUUCUCAGUGGCACCCCUCUGCACCCUGGUCGCUAGACGCUUCGGGCUUCUCGACCUGCAGAAGCUCGCCGAGAGGAACCAAGAGCAACCAGGAGGAAACGGUCGGACAGGAAGAGAGCCAGUUAUGGACUUUAUUAAAUCACUGGCCAAAGGCAGCAAAGAGCCAGAGGGCACAUCUAAACCAGAGAAAGAACAGAAGUCCCUGAAGAUGGAGAAGAGCCCUCCCGCUGGAGGGGCUGCCCCGGCACCCUCAGAGCCCAAAGAGCAGGACCCCAACGCAAAGGAGUCGGGCAGCACCUUCAGCAAGAUCUUCAGGCAGAAGUCUUUGAAGGACACCCAACCUGCUGCAACAAAUGCUCCACAGGAGGCGGACCCUGCAGCCGCUAACAAAGCCAGCAAGGCUGCUCCACCGCCCGAAGCGGCGGAAAGCAAAGGGAAAGCUCCCGUGAAAAACUCCAGCAAGAAGGAGCUGCCGAAACUGACUCUGGGCGUCCCGUCAGCCAGUAAAGACAACGCCUUCAUCAAAUUCUUCCGCCCAAAGGUUGACCCUUCGAAGGCAGAUACGCUUGAGGCGUCCUCUCUGGAUAAAGCAGCAAAGCAGGAAGGGAAGAAAGCAGAAAAAUCCAAAAGUCUUGCUUCCUGCUUUAAGUGUAAGAACCCUAAACAGCAGUGAUCCCAUGUGGCUGAUACUCCUGAAAAGGCCUUAUAACACCACUAUGCCUGCUGCCCGAGUUGCUUUGCUGUGACGAGAGGAAACGAAGAAAAUUAGCUUUUGUGUUUGUUAGUUUUUCCUUUUAUUAUAUGUCGCCAUUAUAGAACAGGACCAGAUAGCUCUGAUCCUACAGGCCUAAUGUGCCUGAAGCAUUGUGUUUCACCCAGGAACUUAACCACUUGAUUAAACUAGUUACUGUCUUGCUUGAACCAUUUCAGUUUCCACUCACUAUUUAAUUUAUAAUGAUGGUAAUGGAUUGCACUUAUAUAGCAUCUUCAAUUUCAUAGUUUACAGUGAAGUGGGAACCUCACCUCAAACACCACCAAGGUGUAGCACCCACUUGCGUGAGGCAUGGCAUCCAUUUUGUAACUGUACACUCACCAUAAAUCAGCUGGGGUAGACAGUGAGGGAUUUAUGAGGAGUGUGAUGGAGAAGAAAAAAUGUUGGAAGCCCCUACAGGGCUACAGUUCAGCAGGCCUGAUUUAUAACAUUGGCUGGCUGCUGUUAUCUUUUGUGAGAAGACAACUAUUUUAUUUAACGACUCUGCCUCCUUGUUUCAAUAUGUACAAAUGUACGGCCCUGUUACAUACAAUAAAUUGAGAGCUUAUUGUACACUGUCUUAGGAAAGCUCUGAUAGAACCUUCUGUUGCAUCACUAAAAGCCUAAUCGGCACAUUAUACAAUGGCUGCUAAGAGGACAAAUGUACUCAAUGCCUUAACCAAGCUUAUGUUCGCCUUUUUGUUUUUUGUUUUUUCUAAAUGGGUUACAUUUCGGCUUACGCCCCCACCCUUUUUGUAUACUCCAGUUUCUUACCUCUGUCUGGUGGGGGUAGCCACGGAUGACCCCUUUCCCUCGCCUUGCCACUCGACUGACACGACCUCCGUGGGAUUUAUCUUCAUCGUAGGCGGGGCUUCAUCAAAGGGGAGGGGUCAGACUGUCAUACUGUACAUCGGGUUAUAUAAUAAAUAAUUUUCACCCAAUA